AUGCCGACCCCGCAGCAAUCGGGCGACAAAAAGCCUGACAGAUUGCAAGGACAGGGAAACGCUAUUGAAGCAAUUCUCGCCCAAGUCGGCGACAAGUCAGCCAACGAAUUAACUUUUGGCACGGCCGAGGGGGAAAUUGACUUAACGGAAACAAAUUUAACUGAAAAUCAAAUCCGAAGAUAUGCCGAGUUAAAACAAUUAGUUAAAGAGACGAUUGAGCCAGCCAUAAACGCCGUUGAUUUACCUGAUUGUCGAGGUGAUGAUUACAAAAAUGCUUACCGCGAAUACCGAAACACUUUGGAAACUAAGAUUGAUGACAGUUUAGGAAAAUUAAAAGCCGAGGUCGAACAAGCGUUAUACCAUUGUAAUUUUUUCCGUGCUGUCCCUAUGGAAAAUAGUCGUUUAAGUGAUACUCAUUUGGCUCGACCCAGUGACAAACCUGCUGGAAUUAACGAAAUUAAUGCUUGA